CUCAAGUCGAGGCAGACAUUUUUCAAUGCAAGAUUUUUUUUCUUGCAUAAAUUAUGUUCAUGACGUAGUGCAAGAGGACAAUUUGGGGACAAUUUUGUCCGAGUUUCCAGCUCUGGGGGGAUUCCGGGAGACACCUGGAGGAUUCCUGAUGGUGUGAACUGUUGUAGAAAGGCCACCGUCAUUAAAUAUUAAGGCAGAGGAGAUCCUAACAUUGCAGCCCUCCUUAUCAAUGCAAAUACCUCUCUUUUGUGUGCAGUCACAGCGCCUGUCUGGAAGCUGAGAUGAAUUUCUAAUGAUGUGUGACUGAAACAAACUGUGACAGGGAGCCUUUUAAGAGCGGCGGAUUACGGAAAGUAAGCUGCAUUUCCGCGAAUGCCAGCAAGACAUUGUCUGAGGUGGUGCAGCAGCCAUGAACUCCCAGGAUCCUCCUGCCAAAGAUGCCCCGCUCACUGUCAAUGAGCAGCCAUUCACUGUCUGACAGCAGAAGUAUUUUUUCAGCCAUUUAAAUCCUGCACUUUGAAAUUCCCCUGCCAGGGACAACCAGGUCUUUCAUCAUUUCACUCCAUGAAUCAUCAACUAUAAGUCAGCACUGGGUUUAGACCAUGCAGGCAGCGGGUUAUUGUCAUGUCUGGUCAUGAGACUAUUCGUGUACUAGAAGUUGAGGUUGAUGCAUCUCUGCCAUCAUUAGCACCUGAUGGGAAGAGUGAAGGCAAAGCUGAGGAGUCAAUAACUCAGGGUGCAGAGAAUGCUGAGGCCGCCAGCACCCAGGAUAGCCCCACCGUGCCCCUCAGCACUGGUGAAGCAGGGAUUGGUGAGCAGCAGGUGGCGUCUGUUGAUGUUUUGGCUCCUGCUCUCCAAACAGUGAAUCCUGCUGUUCCCUUCAGCGUGUCCCUAUCCCAGCCCCAGGCCACCAUGCCCUUUACUGUACACGGCUGUCCACAGGUUCUGACACAGGAAAGUCUGGCCACUUUAAUGACUGGUAUGAUGGCUCAGACGGGGUCACUGGGCCAACCCUUGCUUAUCCCCUUCAACAUGGCCGGUUCCAUCACCGGCCAGGGCGGCUUAGCUGUUCUCACUCUGCCAACCACCAACGUAGCCACUCUCCCCGGCCUCACAGCAGCUAACUCAGCGGGAAACCUCCUCAAACUGCCCUUUGCUGGCCUACAAGCUGCAACCGUUUUGAACUCUGUCCAGCCCCAGCUGCAGACAAAUACACAGACAAUGUUCCAGUCUCAAGCAGCAUCUAUGCAGCCGGUCCAGACAGCUAUGCAGCAGGUGCCUCCUCAGCAAACACGGGUUACCAACGCACCGGUCCCUUCUGCUCAGUCAACAGUUGCCCAGAUGACCUCUGUUGCCAACACUGUCUCUCAGCCCAGCAUAUCUGUGGCAGCACUUCAGACAGCAGGACUGUCCUUUAACCCGGCCAUUAUCAGUGCUGCUUCGUUGGGUGCACAGCCUCAGUUCCUCAGUUCUCUCACAUCAACCCCGAUCAUCAACAGCACCAUGCCCAGUAUGGCUGGCAUCACCAGCCAGAUAAUCACAAAUGCCCAGGGGCAGGUUAUAGGGACCUUCCCCUUGCUGGUGAACCCAGCCUCUCUGGCUGGAGGGGCUGCAGCUCCCACGCUGCCCCUGCAGGGUCUCCAGGUCCAGACCAUUGCUCCACAGCUGCUUCUCAACACCCAGGGCCAAAUUAUUGCGACCGUAGGAAAUGGACCUGCUGCGGUGGCAACUUCUGCUGCAGUUCUGCCUAAAACUACAGCUCCUCCUACACUUACCAUACCAAGCACACAGGCUUCAGUAACAAGUGUUACUCAGUCACCUGUUGUCAUUGCACCGCAGCCGUCUUCAAUGAAGACCUCGACCACACUCGCCUCAACAGCACCCAUCCCUUCGGGAGAGAUGGCAAAAGUGGGGCAGCUUGUCAGCAAGCCCCAGCAGGCAGUCAGCAGUGAGGAAGGCAUUAAUUUGGAGGAAAUCCGAGAGUUUGCCAAGAACUUUAAGAUCCGCCGGCUGUCGCUGGGUCUCACACAGACACAAGUAGGGCAGGCCCUUACUGCAACGGAGGGUCCGGCCUACAGCCAGUCCGCCAUUUGCAGGUUUGAAAAGCUUGACAUCACCCCCAAGAGUGCUCAGAAGCUAAAGCCAGUUUUAGAGAAGUGGCUGGCUGAGGCCGAGCACUGGAACCAGAAAGGCCAGCAGAACCUCAUGGAGUUUGUCGGUGGUGAACCGUCCAAAAAGCGCAAACGGCGCACUAGUUUCACACCUCAGGCGAUCGAGGUCCUUAACUCCUACUUUGAGAAGAAUGCUCUACCCACAGGCCAGGAGAUUACAGAGAUCGCCAGAGAGCUUAACUAUGAUAGAGAGGUUGUGCGGGUGUGGUUCUGCAACAGACGACAGACACUGAAGAACACGAGCAAGAUCAAUGUCUUCCAGGUUUAGGAGCAACCUCGUUCUCAUCCCCAUUAGGGUGGGAAGAAAAUGGAUUUUUGUUUAAAGUAAAAAUCAAGAAAAUUGUAAAGUCAUGUUUGAAAAAUGAGUUGGAACUGUCUUCUAAGGUUCUGUAUGCGAACACUAAACUAGUGGGGUGUGUACUCAGUUAUACUGCAUGGUCCUUUUAUCUCAGCUAUAACAUGCCAUAUUUAAGAUACAUGAUAAACCUUUUUUUAUAAUUGGUUUUAUAAGCUAACCCUUUUCAUUUAUUUUAGGUGUUUGUGUAUUAAAUCUUAGUUUUGGUAUUAUGUAUGUUAUUCUGUUGUCAGCAUAUUUGAGAAAUAUUCUGAAUAAUAGGACAGUUGUAAUUGGUAAUUUAUUUCAUACCUGAAGCAUUUACUUUUUUUCUGAAAGACUGAAGGUUUGUCAGAGUCUGAAAAGGCAAUAACCUUAUUUUCAGUUUUUAUUGUCUACAGAACUCCAGUUACAAUAGGUCUGCCCAGUGCUUUGGGACAAUCAUCCCUUUGAUGGAUAAUCAGAAAGAUGAGAACAAAAUCUGCGCUCGCUGUUUAUCAUUUUGCAAUUCAGAUUUUGUUCAAGCUGUGUGAACUUGGUCACGUUCUCAAUGUUGACACAGAACGUCAUAGCCGACGCUGCAGACGCGAUAGGUUUGUAGUAAACUAAAGUGGAUCUCUUUUUCAUGUGUCGUGGCAGAAUGAGGGACUUUGCCAACUAUGAUACAUAUGUGUGAAAACAGCAAUCUGUUUGACUUUACACUUUAAGUGCUGGUAGUGUUUUGAGGGUAUUUCUCUCUUUUAACUGUUUUAACUCUGCCUAAUAACCUUAUAUAAUAUCUUUAAGUAGAAACUUACAGUCAUGAAUAGAUUUAUUGGCACUCCUGGUAAAGAUGUAUAAAAAGCCUUAGAAUACAUUAAUCUUUCAUUGCAGUAGGUUCAUCUCAAACUGAAAUUUUUUUUCAGUGGGGUAAAUAAAAAACAACCCAUGUUA